CGCUGGGUGCGCAACGCCACGGCGUCGCCGGUACAGGGCGAGGCGGGCGGGGGCGGGGACGCCGGGCCCGCGCCCUCGCCCGCGCCCGACGCGGAGGUGCCCGCUAGACGGAGGCGCCACCGCCCGCUCUACCGCCGCUUCUUCCACUAUGUGCGCACCGCGUGGACCGGCGUCAAGUUCGCUCUCGGUCUCACAGCGCAGUCCGAAAAUUCGGAGCUGGAGGAGCUCGGGGAGCAGCUGCCGAGGUACAGGCCUGAUUCCAUCGCGGCGUUGCGUCGCGCCACGCGCUUCACCGAACCCGAACUAAAGCGUCUAUACCGAGGCUUCAAAGCGGAGUGCCCUACAGGUGUCGUGCGGGAAGACACCUUCAAACUUAUCUAUUCACAAUUCUUCCCGCAAGGAGCCAACACGGCGCAGUAUGCUCACUAUGUUUUCAACACUUUGGAUCAAGACAGAAGUGGACUUCUUAGUUUUGAGGAAUUCGUAACCGGCUUGUCAAUAUUAUCCCGAGGUACUUUGGAAGAGAAGCUACGCUGGACUUUUUCGUUAUACGACAUCAACGGCGACGGCUACAUAACUAAGGAAGAGAUGACUGAAAUAGUGACAGCUAUCUACGACCUCAUGGGCAAGAUUGUCGAGCCCAUGAUAGACGACGAUGCUGUCCGAGAGAAAGUUGAAAGAUUAUUUCAGAAAAUGGACUUAAACCGCGACGGCGUCCUGACACUGGACGAGUUUCUCGACUGCUGUCUACGCGACGAAGACAUCGUACGCUCUAUGGGCGUGUUCGACAGCAACUUCUGACGGGGCACCAGCGGCGAGAGACCAGUCUCGCGCCACGCACCUUAACUUAAAUCCUCAUUUAGCAAAAAUUAUUCUGGCUUCGUGAAGUUUAAAAAAAAUAUCGUAAUACAUAGAUUUGUGUACCGCUGCCAGAAUCAUCAAUUUUUUUAAUUUAUCCAUUUUCCCCAUAGUUUAACUCCGUAACCGUCUUUCACCACGAUCUCUAAAUAAUUAUUGUAUGGUAAAUAAUGCAAGAAAUUUAAUGUGUCACUGAAAUAAUGUUCAAGACUAAAAUGUUGUUACUAAUUUGCAAAAUAAUAAAAUCUAUAAUUAAAUGGAAUAAUUCUUAUCUUUAAAUCUAUACAUGUGUAGUUUUAUUGAUUCUAGCAUCUCGGUGUUUACAAUUUCUUGUGAGAGACAUUGAUGUGUAGAUCCAAUUCUUUAGCUAAAGUGGUUAGCAUAGCCCAUAGUUAUAAAAUGAAUGUAAUGUAUGGGCGUCGCCAGGAAGUAGCAUGUGAAGGUGGAAAUAAAAAAAAAAUACUUCUCAGUUAUCAUUUUAAAUAAUGUUUAGUUUCUUUUGCAAUUAAAAAAAACAUGUUUACUACUAAAGUCCAUCAUCUCCCUAGUCUGUAUCAUUGGUUGGCGACGCCUUUGGUAACAAUCAAAUAAUGUUGCCACAAAUACAGCAAAAUUAUUUAAUAAAGACCACCUAUAUUACAACUAUGAUAAUAUGCAGGUAUCCCUAUUAUAAGAAUGUUUUAUAUAAUACGUUUACCUUAUACGUAUUUAUUUAAAUUCGUUCAACAGCUAAAUAUUGGCAGAUUCAACUUUCUAUAUGGAUAAUUUGUAUUGCCUCUAACUUCGUUUUGAAUUGUUCCGGCCAUUUUAAAUAGUAUAUAUGUAUAUCUAUAGUAAUAUACUCAUUUAAGAUGUGGAGUAAUUUGUAUGUUUUCGCAUAGCGUUAAAUUUAAAUUAAAACAGAAUUUUGAAUUCAUCCUCUGUCCGCAGUUCAAUAUGUCCGAUUUAUAGAGGUGCAAAAACCUCUGGUAAUUAACCUUUGCAUGGCUAAUUUUGUACCCAAACUUCGAGGUUGAAUAAUUUUUCGUUGUAUGAACCUUUUAAGAUAAACUCAAAAAGGCAAAAUGCAAUAUCUACAAUGUACAAUUUUGUUUUCGAAACAGUUUGCAUUAGAACAACACUGCCAUAAAGCCAAUAAAAUACUUUACUUUAUUAAAUUCGAUUUAUAAUAUUUUAACCAUAAUCAAGUGUGAAAUAAUUUGCUAAGAAAGAAUUUCCAACAAGUUAUGUUUUUUAUAAAAAGAUGUCACAAUUGUAAAUAUUUUACUCUGUAUAUACUCCCAUAUAAUUUAUAGAUUUAAAUGUAUAUUUUCAUAAUAAAUGUUAAACGGAACCAAAUAACUAGAAAACUUUAACGUAUCUCAUAAAAUCUUAUUAAAGUAGGUCGUGUUUUACUACCACAAAAUAAUUAUAAAAGAAGUCGGUUAAAUAUUAAUUACAUGUGAUUAAAAUUGAUGAAAAUAAUAUGAUCAGUUAGCCCAUUAACUAACAAUACGGCCGUUACAAGCGUGGUUUAAACUAUUGUCGGUCGAGCUUAAAUAGCAUAGAUAAAAUAUUUGUGUGUCUUCCCCGUUAAUAAUUAUGUUUCCCAAUUUUAUUUUAAUCUAUGUCCAUUUUAAA